AUGCAAUGUGCUGAUGGUGUUGCAAGUGGAGGUGAUGGUGGUCAUUUGGUUUGGGAGUCAGGAGCAUCCACUUCUGCGGGUGCUUCUUUAUUAAAACCAGGUAGAGAUGUAAUAUUUGAGCCCACAGAAUCGCCUUCCGCAAGUGGUUGCCUUUCUACCCCAAGCGUCGGUGAAAAUGUGCUUCCUGAGCCCGGAUCAUCCAUAUGUUCAGAUGAUUCAUUUCUCAUUGAGCGUGGGUGGAGUGAAACUGACAGUGCUUCGGAAACUGAAUUAGAUCCUGUAGCUUCCUCUUCCGUGGGUACUGAUUCUUACCCUGUGAGAAAUAUUGUAUUAAUAACAAUUCUUGAUUUUUUAAUUUUUUUGGAUAUAUCCGGCAAUAUUUUUGAAGAGUCCUUCGAUAGCCAAGAAAACACAAUUUUGCCAAAAAAAUCGUAUGACGCUUUAAGUGAUCCGCUUCCGGAGACAUCGGCAUCAUCUCAAAAUGAUAUUCUGAAAGCUUUGAGGGAAGUCCUGAAUGGGCAAAAGGAGUCCAACGCACGGCUGGAAAAGUUAGAGGAAAAUCAAACGACUGUAAUACAAAAUCAAGCCAUUCUUAGCCAGGGAUUGGCUAGUAUUGUAGCCAACCAAGAGGAGAUAGCUAAGGAGCUAGAGAAAAUAAAUAUAAGUAUCGAAAAGAACCCGGAGGCGAUGGCUCAGACGAAGGCGCUAAGAGAGUGUAAGGUGGCGGUUAGAAAAAUUGAGAUGUCCGUUUGCCGCCUGACGGGAGAGUUGGAGGACACGUUCAUGAACGAGGUCACCAGCAUGCUCCCAUUAGCAACUACCACUGGGGUGCUGAAUGUGGAAGAAUGGCUUCAAGUUCAAGAGUUUGCCCAAGCAAUGACUUCGUAUUUGAACAAAAUGAAGGGGACAUCAGAAGAUGUCGGCACUGUCAUUCGCGGCAUCUUCACGGAUGACCUGCUUCACAACUACAAUUGGGACGGGACAUGGGCGCUUAAUAAACUUAAUAUUAUUAAUAAUAUUCUGCGAGAUGUAUUCCAGAAACAAGGGGCCCUCAACUUCGAAAGAAGUGUGCGAAAGGCGGUAGAACUGAGCCACCAUCGCGUUCAACAAAAAAAAUAUUUAAAAAAGGGGAAACAAAAUUAACUUUUUUUAUCUUUUAGUAUCUUCUGCCUUAAGUUUAAACUAUUUUGAAAUAAU